AUGGCGAGGCUGCUUCGUAACACUACCCUUCUGACACGCUCUCUAUUCGUCCCUAAGAUAGGGAAAAGGAAAAAAGCCAAUGACCGUUUUGUCUGUGAUGGCCAUGGAUACGAGAAACCGUUUCCCUCGCUUUUUGCAUCUUCUGCCAAUGUUUCUGAUGGAUGCUUAUUUUGCUGCAUAAUCAGUUCCUGCUUUCGUUUGCAGGGCUUUGAACUGGGACUAUUUGGCAGUGCUCAGAUUUUGAGCUUUUCAUCUAAAGUACCAGGACAGGAUGGGAAAAUCAGCAUGGAACAGCUGUGUAACCUUGUGGUUAUGUGGCUAGAUGGGAAGAUUUAUAGUAGAAGGCGCUCCAAAUCUGAUGGAAGUGACUCUGGUGAGGAAAACGUGUGUAAGAAAGAGUUGGCCCUUCAACAAGCACUUGAUCAGAUCACUUCUGCAUUUGGAAAGGGAUCCAUCAUGUGGCUUGGUCGUACUGUCGCACCAAAAAAUGUACCUGUUGUGUCUACAGGUUCUUUUGCUCUUGAUAUAGCACUAGGAAUUGGUGGUCUUCCAAAGGGACGGGUUGUGGAAAUAUAUGGUCCAGAGGCUUCUGGAAAAACGACUCUUGCUUUACAUGUGAUUGCAGAGGCACAGAAGCAAGGAGGUUAUUGUGUCUUUGUUGAUGCUGAGCAUGCCCUUGAUAAGACACUUGCAGAGUCUAUUGGUGUGAAUACGGCGAACUUGCUUCUCUCCCAACCAGAUUGUGGUGAACAAGCACUUAGUCUUGUGGAUACCUUAAUCCGAAGUGGUUCAGUUGAUGUUAUUGUUGUUGACAGUGAUUAUAUGUUUUUUCCUGAUAAGGUGGCUGCGCUUGUUCCUAAAGGUGAGCUUGAUGGUGAAAUGGGCGAUGCUCACAUGGCAAUGCAGGCUAGGUUGAUGAGUCAGGCACUUCGAAAAUUGAGCCAUGCAAUGAAUAGUAAAUUCCUGUCACGAUCAUGUCUCUUUGAGCUUGAUACCCCUGGAAUAUACACAAAUUUGUUGCCCCCCCCCCCCAACUUGAGCAAGUUAGUAUAUAUGUAUGUGAGGUCAAAGAUUUCAACUUUUGGGGGAUUUAGUGGGCCUACGGAAGUUACUUGUGGUGGUAAUGCAUUGAAAUUCUAUGCUUCUGUGCGUCUAAAUAUCAAGAGAAUAGGGUUUGUCAAGAAGGGUGAAGAGAUUUUAGGAAGCCAGGUUCUUGUCAAGGUUGUGAAGAACAAGCUAGCCCCUCCAUUUAAAACUGCUGAGUUUGAGCUUCAAUUUGGUAAGGGGAUAUGUAAAGAAACAGAGAUUAUAGAUUUAAGUGUAAAGCACAAACUCAUCUUAAAGGCUGGUGCAAUGUAUUACUAUAACGAACAUAAUUUCCGCGGUAAGGAUGCGCUAAAGAGUUUCCUAGCUGAGAAUCAUAGUGCAAUAGAAGAACUUGAAACGAAGCUCAGAGAGAAGGUUCUUAAUGUUGAGACAGAACAUACACAAGAAUCAGAUGUUAUUAAGGAAGAUGUUACAGAAGAAAUUGCAACAGUUAAUUCUACUGACGAAGAAACAGCUAUUAUAGAAGCAUGA